GUUUUUUGUUUUGAUUCGUUCGUUUUCGUAUAAUAAUCGAAUACGGAAGUUGUCUUGGUUUGUAUGUUGAUACUCGAGUUGCGAAACGUUUUCUAUCGCUUUUCAGAAAUAAUAAAAAUGUCUAAAUUAUGGUGAAUGAUACCUCGGUGCCGUGAUAAUUAAACCAAUCCUUAAAUAUGGCCUCGAGAGGUGACAAAGGAAACGGUAAUGGCGAAGAGCAAAUCGUAGAGACAUUAGCGGAGGUGUUCCGUUGCUUCAUCUGUAUGGAGAAGCUGGUCGAUGCACACUUAUGUCCUCAUUGCUCGAAGUUAUGCUGUUAUGCGUGUGUGAGACGAUGGCUAACGGAACAGAGGUCACAGUGUCCCCACUGUCGAGCGGCCCUGCACUUACACGAGCUCGUCAACUGCCGCUGGGUGGAGGAAGUCACCCAACAGAUAGAGACUAUGCAACAGCAACAUGUCCAGUUAUGCCUUCAAUGUCCUACGCAUCAAGAGAAGUUGACUGUUUACUGUUGGACAUGUCGCCGCUGUAUCUGCCACCGCUGUGCUCUGUGGGGUGGUACCCACUCGGGUCACACAUUCAAGCCACUUGAAGAGGUGUACGAGCAGCAUGUGACACAGAUACGUGAUGAGGUCUCCCAACUUAGGAGACGACUGAUGGAACUGAUCAGCUUGGUACAGGAUGUGGAACGUAAUGUAGAAUCUGUUCGGGCGGCUAAAGAUGAACGUGUCCGCGAGAUAAGAAAUGCUGUUGAGCUUAUGAUAUCUCGCUUGGAUUCUGCACUAAAGGCCAAACUUCUUACUUUGAUGGGACAGAAGAAUAGUCUGACACAAGAGACUGAGCAACUUGAGCAUUUGUUGCAAGAGAUUGAACGGCAACUGCACACUAGUACUAGAUCUGAACUAAUAGCAAGGAGUGGUGAGUUAUUAAAAAUGAUUCAUCAAGUCCGCAAAAAGCCAAUGGCUAGUUUUGUGACUGCCCCGGUACCGGCCGAUUUUCACAGCGAAAUCGUGCCGAGCUACGACAGCAGCACUUUUCCGCUGACUAAUUUCACCCAGUUGCGGCACGCGGCCGCGCCCGUGUACUCGGCGCCGCUGCACGUCAACGGACUCUGUUGGCGCCUCAAGGUCUAUCCCGACGGGAACGGGGUCGUGCGAGGCAACUAUCUCUCCGUCUUUCUCGAACUUAGCGCCGGCCUCCCAGAGACUUCCAAAUACGAGUACCGCGUGGAAAUGCUACACCAAGUGUCGCGGGACCCGUCCAAGAACAUCGUGCGCGAGUUCGCGUCCGACUUCGAAGUGGGCGAGUGCUGGGGCUACAACCGGUUCUUCAGGCUCGACUUACUGGCCAGCGAGGGUUACCACAACCCUGAUAUGGAUACACUCAUACUGCGGUUCCAAGUCCGUCCGCCCACGUUCUACCAGCGCUGUCGCGACCAACAGUGGUACAUAAACCAACUGAUAACAAUGCAGAACCAGCAUAUCUUGCAAAUAAAUGAUCUCAAAGAACGUCUUUCGCUGGAGAUGUCCCGUAAUUCGCUGUCGGCUCGGCGUGCGGCGGGCGCGGCCGGCGCGGGCGGUGCGGCGGGCGGCGAGGCGGCCCAGGAUAACCCAGUGGACGGCGCUCUCAGCGACCCUGCCGUCUUCGGCCCGCAGUGGAAGUUCCCCACCGCGCACAACAUGGUUAGCGGACAGCGGCUGAAUAAUUCAAGUAUACUGAAUACGGCGAUGCUGUGCGAGGACAGUCGCAACAACGAGGUGUCAAGCGUAUCGGUGUGCGGAAGCGGCGCGGGCGCGGGUACGGGUACGGGCACGGGCGCGGGCGCGGCAGCAGCGGCGGGAGCGUUUGCGUACGGAGAUGCGCUCGAGCGGCGCCUGGCGCACUACACGCACGCCGCGCACGCCGCGCACGCCACGCACGCCACGCACAUGCACGCGCACGCACACUCUGCGCAUCAGCACGCGCUCGACGCCGGCUACGGGCUGCCCUCCACCUCGAGAUCAGCGAAUUCACUUCACGUGUCGGGCACUGACAAUAUGGCGUUAGUGAGUCUGCACACACUGUUGAGCGCGGCGAACGCGCCGAGCCGCGUGCCGAGCAAGCUCUCGAACAAACAGCCGCGUCCCGACAGGCAUCAGUACGUGCCCGCUAAAGACUCUUCCACAUUAACCGCAGUGGCAAGUAGUCCAGUGACGGAAGUGAGUCCGGUCGCAAGUAACGCGGUGUUGCUAUCGUCCGUGUCAUCACCGGAGCUAAACGUAUCACCGGGGGCGAGCGCGGGGCCAGGGACGGGGGCAGGGGCCAACACUGAGCCGCAGGCGGCCGAGCCCGACCCCCAGGCCGACAGCCCCAACGCUACACAGAACGUUCACGCCGCAUCCGAGUCCAGCAGUGACACUGGGGAUCUGAUGUUCAGCGAAUUGGAAGUGUUUGCAGACGAGACCAGCCCUAACAAUGUGGAUGAGAACUCCAACGAGGAGAACGACGUAGACGAUGAAGCUAUGUCGGGUGAGAACGACAUCGAGGGUGCGUGCGGGGGCAUGUCGUGCGGGGCGGGUGGGGCGGCUGGGGCGGCUGCAGGGGCCGGCGCGGGGGCCGCGGGCGGCGAGGGCGACAUCCUGAGCCGGCUGCUGUGCGCCGUGCAGUCGCGCGCGGUGACGCCGGCCGGCUCGGACGGUGCGCCCGCGCAGCCGCCACCGCCCGCGCAGCCGCGUGACCACGCCGACCCGCAGAUGUCCACCGCCGCGCACACCGACAUGCUGCUGCUCAAUCUCAUGCGCAUCAAUGGACUCACGCCUAAACAUUCCAAGCACGGUCCUAAACGCAACUGGGCGUCGAGUACGCUGGAGAGCGUGCCGGCCCGCGGCCCGGCGGCCGGUGCUGGUGGUGCUGGUGGUGCUGGUGGUGCGGGGAGGGCGCGGCGCGCGGGCGGCGCGGCGGCGCGGCGGCAGCGCCCUCUGUCGCCGGGCCAGCUACGCCGCCGCGCCGACACGCACGCCGCCACCGGUCACGGCCCACACAUGGGAUUGACGCCGCCCAGCACACCGGAGCGGGGAGCCCUGUCGCCUGUAUCGAACCUCGCCCUGCACGACUACUGGCCCUCUGUCUCAUCCAUCUCUGACAAUGACGAGGUCGAAUUCAUUUUGGACUACAACGACACUUUAUUCGAUAUGCUGCUGAACAGUUUGUCGCUGGAGAGUUCAGGCGCGACAGGGGAGUCGAACGAGGAGGGCGUGCGGCCUCCCACGCCGCCCGUGCAGCCCUGGAGCCCGCCCGCCCCCGCCCCCGCCGCCGCCACCGCCGCCGCCGCCGCCGCCGCCGCCGCCGCCGCCGCCGCCGCCGCGCACGUGACCCCCGCCUCCCGCGACGCGGAUUGACUACGCGACCCCCACGCUCCACACGCUCGGUACUACAACCUACGUGCCGCGCACUACCCGUAUCGCCGGGAAUAUUUUCAUUGAAUUCGCUAAUGACACAUUAAGCCGAUCUUCGCGGUUCCUUGGCGGAACACCAAUACGUAUUAUUACAUUUACUAUACUGUCAGCCAUGUCUUGUUACAAUUUUCUUGUACAAAGCGUCACAUUCACUGGAUGAUUAGCAAGGACUGUAUAUAGUAGGCAUAUAAUUAUUUAUUAUGUUUGAGGAAUGUAUACGACCAACAACUAUGUUUCGCUCUGUCUUCAUUAAAAUUGAAAAAAAAAUAAUGAUCGCCUAAAAUCCAUUUAAAAAUGUAGGGUACGGGGAUAGCAACUUAGUGUUCAGGAAUGACAACUCAUGAGGAGAACCAUGGAUGUUACUGUGUCUUCUGUGGAUCCCCAUGAUGCUGUAUAUAUGUGACGGCUGUCACUUUUCAUCAGGUGUUCAGCUUGUUAGUCAUUCUAAAUUGCUUAAAAAAUCGGCCAAGAGUGAGUCAGACUUGUGCAUAUUAUACAGUAUAUAUAGUAUAUAAUUAUUACUACAGUUCCGUGUAUAUUAUAUUUGAAAAAAAAAACAAUGAUUUUCCCCUUUACUUGUGCUUUACCACAUUGCUUCUUAAUAAAUUUCAUGAUUCGUAAGUCAAUGGGAAAUAUCCUAUACGAGUAGUUUUUAAUCCUUUGCAAAUGUCAAAAUAUACGCAACAAACAGCUGAUAUUUUUAAUUAAGAAGUUAAUUUUGUACAGUUUUAAGGGUUUUGUAGGCUUUAUUAUUUGAUAUUAAUUUCAGCUUGAUACCUUUACUCGUUUCUGAGAAAAAGGGUCUUGACAGGCGAUCAGACAUUCGGAUAAUAAAGUGAUCUUAUAAGGGUUCCGCUUUUCCUUUUGGGGUAUGAAUCCCUAAAAAUAUUAAUUUUCAGUGAAUUAAAAAUUUGCACAGAUAUUUUUUGGGGCGAAAGUCGACAGACAAAUAUCAGCUUAAUGUGGCAUUAGCUUUAAAUCUUUGAUCGUUUUGGGGGUCAUUGCACUAUCAUUAUAGGAUCAAUUUAGCAUUUCAUUAAGCACUUUGGAUAUUAGUGAAAUAUUUUAUAAUUAAUAUAAUUUAGCAGUAAACGAAUAACAUCACUUAUCGUGCAAUAUGGUGUAAUAACCCUCAAAAACAGGUUAUGUUACAGUAUUUUCCUAAAAAAUAUAUCAAAGGAUCUGAUUUGUUAAUAGAGUCGGUUGCUUGUAAUUUAAACAGUUUUAAAUGUCUUUGAUAAUUUGAAUUCUUGGAUUGAAAUGCCUCUUUUGUAAUCUUGACAGCGUGUUUUCUUAUUAUUAUUAUUUAUUUACUUGAUAUGGCGCUGGUACAGCUGUGAAACAACCUUAAGGAAUUGAUAUCAGUUGUCUAAAGAUAAGUGCUAUUUUCCAUAAUUUAAGUAGAACUCGGAAAAUAUAGUUUUCAAUGUAUUCCUUAAUAUUUAAUUAUAAUAUAUUUUUAAAUAGUCGAAAGUUCUUUAGAUAUUGGUUUAUUUAUAUUAAUCUUCAACAAUCAGACGAACGCUCAUGAAUAUUUUCGAUUUGAUAUUUAAUUAAUGAUAUUAAAUUAAUUGUAAUUGAUAAUUUUAUUUAAAUAUUAGAAAAUAAAUCUAGCCGUUUUCUUUUUUGGUGUAGCGUGCUGUAUGUGUGGGGGAGUGUAUGAAAUAUAUGACAUUAGAUAGGAAUUUUCAAAAUUGUAAGAUCUCCUUUUAAUUUAGUCAAAAGUUCAUGACAUUUUUGUGAGAAAAAAUAUUCCAUGACUAUUUAUAUUUAUGAAUCGAAUUAAAUUGAAUUGUUUAAAAAAAUUUCGGCUUUUUGUCACUUUCAUAUUUUUUUUGACAAAUAUGCAUUGUCAAAAGAUAUAUAAACUGAAAUAUAUAAUAUAUUGUAACCUUGUCCUAUGUAUUUAAAUUUAGUAAUAAUUUUCUAGUAUAUUCAGAGAAUACUUUUAUUUUUUCACAGCAUUUCUUUUAGCGCAUUUAUUAUUUUUUAACGACAUCGUAUUAGUGAAUCUCAGGAACUUUUUCUAUAAAGUUCAUGUCAUUCUACAUUAUAAUAGUUUGUUGAGUGUGUGUAUUAAGGUAGUUGAUAUAAAACAAAACCUCUCGCACACCUCUCAAAAUUUACGAUAACUUUCACAGAAUACUGACAAACUAACUUUUAUGAUCAGAAAUUAACAGUUUGUCGGUUAAAGAUGAAUGCAAUGAUAUUUUAUCGCCGCUUUAAGGGUCUUAGCAGAUACGAUGUUUUUAGCGUUAACGAUUAUUAAAGUUAUUAUAUGAACACGGGUAAAAACAUAAUUUGACACGAUCAAAUCGUUUUUUUGAGAUUUUAAUGCUCUAUAAUGUCACGCUGUACUCUAUCGUAGUCAUGAAAACGAGUUGUACAUCGGGUAAUUUCUACAAUGUUUCUUAAAACAAUCAUUGAUAAAGGGUGUGAUUUCUAUACAGCGUUCGCUAAAAUAUGUGUUUUCGACACAAUGAUCGAUUCUUAAAAUUGCAUGAUUGCAUGGAAUAAUCGUAAACUCGUCGUUUGGCGAUACUAAAAGCAUCAUGUCUGUAAUGCGCAAAUUUAAUUUUUAGAUCCUACGAUCUUUUGAGAUUUUGUAAGAAUUCACACUUUUCCGUGCCUUCUUUCAAAAUAACAAUGAGGCCGUUCUGUGACGCCAUUUUUUACUAUUUACCUCUUCAACUAAUAUUUUAAUUUGAUAAUUUCGCGAAAUAAAUAUUUUAUGGAUCAACUAAAAUUCAAAUUUUUCUAAAUCAAUUAAAAAAAUAGUUUAUAUUGGUCCUUACAAUAAAAAUUUCACUGUGAUAUCAAAUUAAAUAUUUAAUUAUAGAGAUAAGUUUUGAGAGAUGGCUCCUCAGAAUCGAGCCAAAUUUUUCGUAGGUUUCUAAUCAUAUAUAUUAUAAUAUAUUAAUAGAAAUCUGGUAGUUGUUUUUGGAAUAAUAAUUUAUACGUUAUUCCGAUAAACUCUUCGGAAGAUUAAAAGUCGUAUUUAGAAAGAGGCGCUGCUAGUAACUCAUUGAAAUGGUAGUUUUAUAUUUACCCUUUUUGCUAAUCCUAAAGUUCUAACAUAUAUGAUAUUAUAUUGCCUACCACUUGUCGGGGUAUGAAGGUUCUUCGAUGAUUCAUCUCUAUAGUAACUAUUAAUACGAGAAUAGGCAUGGAAAUUAUUGCUACAAUUGAUUCAUUAUAAUUUAGUGCAAUUAUUAUUUUUAUUCACUGUCAUAGCAGUACCUCUUUCUUAAUCUACGACUAAAUAUUAUACACGCUUGUUUCUGUAUCUGUGUAAGCUUUCCAUAAUAUUCGUUGAAUUAGUUCAAAUUGGUGUUAAAUGUGAUUGUAGCAAAGUUAGUCCAUAGUCGUGCACGUAUUUAUAUUUCAACAUUUAGAUAGGAUGUUCGACUGAAAGUUCAAACGCGUGUGAUCUGCUUUAAAUAAGGCUUGAGUACUGAGUCAUGUUAGUUUUUCGUAUUAGACAUAGACUGAAAUGCAAAUUCAUAAAAGGGUAAUAUUGAUUAACAUCGCUAUCGCAUAUUAUAAAUGGAUGUAAUUUUUAUUUUAUAGCAGAUGUUCUAUUUUCGAAUUUGUAUUGAUGAAACUGAUUGAAUGAGGUUUUUAUUUAGUUAUCGAAUAAACAUAAUGAAAUUUA